AGGCGGCAGUUAUUUUACUAUUAAUACUAAUUAAUUAGGAGGUACUUAUUAAACAAACAGAUAAAUACGUACUAGUAUUAGACUAUUAGUUGUUGUGUAGCUGCAUAUAUAUAAGAGACAUAACAGGGAAUACGUUACCGGGAAAUACAAUGUUGUUACUGUUCCAUUGAUUCUUUCUUAGUUGUAACGAACAUGAAGAACAGAAAACAACGCCAUGAAACGACUGUGUUUAUCAGAUUUCCGAUCAUUCUCUUAUUCAGGCCACGUCGACGCAUUUUCCAUAUUCUUCCUUUCUUAUCAGCUAUAUCCGGUGUUCUUCUCCUUCUAUUUGUGUUUCUAUGUUACUUUUCUCCUCCGAUUACUAGCCGCCAUGGUCACCUCAUCAGUCACAGCUCGUUCAAUAAUGGAACGGAGCUCCGAAAGAACCUGCUAGAAGAACAUGUGGUGUUUCAGGUACCGAUGGGAGGAAGGAGCUUAAGCCGAGACCUGUGGAGUUCGAAGAAAUCGAAUUUCUACCAUGGUUGCAGUAUUGCCACUAACGAAUUCCCAACUGCGGAGGUUAAUACACUUUCUAAUCGGUACUUAUUGAUUGCAACUAGUGGAGGCUUGAAUCAACAGAGAACAGGGAUUAUUGAUGCUGUUGUUGCAGCUCAUAUCUUGAAAGCCAUCCUUGUAAUUCCAAAGCUGGACCAACAAUCCUAUUGGAAAGAUUCAAGCAACUUCUCCGAAAUUUUUGAUGUCAACUGGUUUAUGUCAUACCUCUCAAAGGAUGUCAAAAUUAUUAAGGAUCUCCCUAGAAUGGGAAAUAAACUCAUAACUCCACACACAACACGUGUUCCAAGGAAGUGCAAUGCUGAGUGUUAUCAGACUCGUAUCCAGCCCAUUUUAAAUAAAAAGCAUGCUGUUCAGUUAACAAAAUUUGAUUACAGACUCUCCAAUCGUUUGGAUACAGAGCUACAGAAGUUGAGAUGUAGAGUCAACUAUCACGCGUUGAAGUUUACUGAUCCCAUAAUUGAAAUGGGAAAAAAAUUGGUUGAAAGGAUAAGAAAGAAAACCAAGCACUUCCUUGCACUGCAUCUAAGGUUUGAAUCAGAUAUGCUAGCAUUCUCUGGAUGCUAUUAUGGUGGAGGAGAAAAGGAAAGACAAGAACUGGGUAAAAUACGAAAGAGGUGGAAGACGUUACAUACAAGAAAUCCAGAUAAAGAAAGAAAGAACGGAAAAUGCCCACUAACUCCUGAGGAAGUCGGCCUUAUGCUUAGAGCACUUGGUUUUGGUAAUGAUGUUCAUAUUUAUAUCGCAUCAGGGGAUAUCUAUGGAGGUGAGGAAACAUUGGCUCCUCUCAAGGCUUUCUUUCCAAAUUUUUAUACCAAAGAGACACUUGCCAGCAAGGAGGAGCUGGCACCAUUUUCUUCCUUUUCUUCCAGGAUGGCUGCUUUAGAUUUCAUUGUUUGCGAUGAAAGUGAUGUUUUUGUAUCAAAUAACAAUGGCAAUAUGGCACGAAUGCUUGCCGGAAAAAGGAGAUAUUUUGGUCACAAGCCAACUAUCCGUCCAAAUGCUAAGAAGCUUUAUAAGUUGUUUAUGGAUCGAAAUAAUAUGACAUGGGAAGAGUUUGCCUCACGUGUUCAAAAACAUCAAAUAGGUUUCAUGGGAGACCCGAUGGAGGUAAAGCCAGGCAGGGGCGAGUUUCAUGAAAAUCCAUCAGCAUGCAUUUGUAAAGAUUCCAAUGACAAGGCUAGAGAAGAUGUAACUAUUCCUGGAAAUUCUACCAUGAAUUUUGAAAAGGAUACUGAUUCUGCUGAUGGUCACAUUAGUGAAGAUGAGCAAGAUUUGUUUGAUACAGAUUAUUUGGAGAAUGAAAUUGGAAUUCAGAGGAAAUGAUUUCCUAAAAACAUGGAGGCAGAUUCUGUCCAACAUUUCUUUAAGACAGAGCAACCAGAAUUGGAAGAGAUGUUUCCAGAUUAAAGAGUAGUUGCACAUUGUAUUGAGAAGAAAAAUUGGGGAACAACCGAAUUCUAACUUGCUGGAAACUUUGAGCAAUUUGCCCAUUUUGACUGCUGGCUUAGAAUUGAUUCAUACCAACAUAGCCUAGGGUAGAAUGUUUGUACAUAUGGCUAGGUGCAGAUUGAUAACUUGUUUCUCCAUUUAUGCUGGUGAAGUGCAGUAUUGAGAGCUAGUUUGAAGAGGAUGCUUUGCAUUUGAAUACACUGUACAGCACCACAUGUUGGACAAGGAUUAAUUUUAUAAGGAUUUAUACUUGGAAUAUUGAAGGAAACCUUGAUUAUAAUUUGGAAGUACUGAAGAGAAUGGAUAUUUGGAUAUGGAAAGAAAUCCGUUGAGGUUCGUUCUGUUGGCAUUUCUCUAAUAUAUACUUCUACUUUUCAAAAGAAACGGAGCGAAUAAGUUGAGAGUGUA